AUGUCUACAGGAUACUUCCCAAAGCGCGAGAAGAUCGGCCUGGAGGACCUCUUCAAAGGCCUGGUCACGGCAUCACACAUCCUCCACAACAAUGGCGUCCUCGACGCUUACGGGCACAUAUCUGUUCGGAGUCCUGACAAUCCAGCAUCUUUCUAUAUACCGUGCAACAUCUCCCCGGCACUUGUAAGCUCUCCCGACGAAAUCAUAGAAUACAACGUCGAGGAUGCAAGUCCUGUCGAGAAGAACGUACCACAAGGCUAUCUCGAACGCUUCAUCCAUAGCGAAAUUUACAAGCGCUUCCCGACAGUGAACAGCGUCGUGCAUAGCCAUUGCAGUGACGUGCUACCGUACGGUGUAAGCGGCGUGCCAUUACGGGCCACUGUGCAUAUGGCUGGCUUCCUUGGUUCCAACGUCCCUGUAUGGGACAUAUCGUCCCACUACUCGAGCGGCUCAAAGCAUGACUUGCUCGUCCGCGACACCUCUGUCGGUGCCUCCCUCUCAGCAACGUUCAAACCUGCGACGUCUGCUGGCUUCAUCUACUCCAAAAUGAGGUCCGCACUUCCGGGGGCUGCAGCAGAGCCUGACCACGAGCCCGACCAUUAUGUCGUUCUGAUGCAAGGACACGGUUUCACGACCGUUGCGCACUCAAUUGAAGAGGCCGUGUGUCAGGCUAUUUAUACUAAAGAGGCGGCAAAGACGCAGACCACAGCAUUAACGCUACGUAACGCGUACUUCGGAAUUUCAGUGGAAGGCAAAGUUGAUGUAGAGGGUGGUGGGAAGAUCAAGUCCGGAAAGCUGAAGAUGGAGGGUGAACUGAAGUAUCUGAGCGAUAAGGAAGCAGCGGAGGCAUGGGGCAGUAUGAAAGAGACUGUCUCUAGACCAUGGGCCUUGUGGUGCAGAGAGGUCGAUGUCAAUCCGUUAUACAAGAACGAUUGCCCCGGUUGCGAAGACGACUGA